ACUGACACGCUGUUGAUUGUCAAAGAAACUACCACAUCUAUUAUUAAUAAUAAUAAUAAUAAUAAUAAUAAUAAUAAUAAUAAUAAUAAUAAUAAUAAUAAUAAUAAUAAUAAUAAUAAUAAUAAUAAAAACAUUGUUGGUUGCUUCCAUAUAGUACUCAUAUGACGAAACAAUACAACUUUUCUCUGAUCUGAAGCUUUAAACACAAGGAAAACUUUUUUGAAAGUCACAUUUUGUCUCUAUGAGAGGAAUGAGGGUGUGGUCUGAGAGGGAAGACAACCCCUCCUCAGGAGAGCUUCUUCUAGCCCGAAGAGAUCAAACUAAAUCUCAUUUGUUUCCCAUCAUCAUAAAAUGCAUCUCCUUACGCUGAUCCUUGGGACUGUGCUUCUCCCCAAAGUCUUCACCCUGAAAUGUCAUCAGUGUUUAAUGGAAAACUCUGGAACCUGCGCUGACACUAUAGAAUGUCCUCUACAGGGCCAUCAGUGUGGCGCCAUCAGAAUUGUUACAUAUACAGGUGCCUCAAAACUCGCUGAUCUUGCUUCGAAAGGCUGUGUUUCGGCUGCAGAAUGUGUUGAAGGGUCAAUCAACUUUGGACUUGCAAAGAAUGUGAUUACCAGCAGGUGCUGCAACUCCGAUCUCUGCAACACUCAACCUGCCCCGGAUGCUGGCCAGUCCUACCCAAAUGGCAAAAAAUGCUUCUACUGUGAUGGACAAUCGUGCACUGCAACUCUAAACUGUAAGGGGAAUGAGGACCACUGCAUCUCAUCAACAGUGGAUACAGGAGGACAGCUGGUGACUGUGAAGGGCUGUGCUUCAAAGGUUAUGUGCUCAGGUAUAGAAGUUGCUCAGAAGGUGGGAACCAUUGGAAAGGACACCAGCUGCUGCCAGGGCAACUUCUGCAACAGUGCCACCAGUACAACUGCUGACAUUCUGCUGUUGGUGGCACCGCUGGUCUCUGUGGUCUGGUUUUCUUAGUUUUGAUUUUCAUUUUGCACAACCUCAUAGUGCUUAAAUCUGCCUCAUUACUGUUUCAGAUGUGUGAGAAAGUAGAAAUGUAGAAAUGAAAAGACUUUUUUCUUCUUUGUGUCUUGCAUCAUGUAGUUUUUAAACUGCUUAUUUUUUUCCUCUUUCACUUUUUUUUUUUUUUUUUUUUUUACAAGUUGGCGAAAAACAGCCCUGUCUGUGUUUAUUCUUUUUAGUAAACCAAGGAGAAAGUAGAAGAUAUCCUGAUGCAUAUUUUUGGUUGUGAGUGCUGUUAGUAAAUGACACUUUUUGUAUUUAGAAAUAUAUUUUUUAAAGUUUUAUUAUUGAUAUAUAGCAAAAAUAAAUUUCUUAAAAUUCUA